UGCUGCUUGUUGCUCCCCGUUAGGAUGAGUGCGACGGUGCUGUGUGUGACAGUUCUGUCUGCGGUGGUGUUUCGGGUUUCCCAGGGGCAUGAAGGAGGUGGUAGCAUGGUGGUGCUUGAUGGUGGAAAGUUCCAGAUGGGGUCAGAUGCCCCUGAUGGUAAAGAUGGAGAAGGUCCCACAAGAAAGGUGACCGUGAAACCCUUCCAGAUUGACAAGUAUCCAGUUACCAACCUGCACUUCAGGGAGUUUGUGCGUGCCACCAAGUACAAGACAGAAGCAGAGCUUUUUGGAUGGAGUUUCGUAUUUGAGGACUUUGUAUCUGAAGAACUGAAGAAAAAAGUUACACAGAAGCUGGAGUCGGCUCCUUGGUGGCUUCCCAUAGAGAGAACCUUCUGGCGUCAGCCAAGCGGUCCGGGAUCAGGCAUAAAAGAGAAGCUGGAUUACCCGGUGCUGCAGGUUAGCUGGAAUGAUGCUCAAGCCUUCUGCAAGUGGCUGGAGAAGAGGCUGCCAACUGAGGAGGAGUGGGAAUUCGCUGCCCGCGGGGGAUUUAAGGACAAAACCUACCCAUGGGGGAACAUGUUUCAGGUGAACCGCACCAAUCUGUGGCAGGGGAAGUUCCCCGAGAAGGACUCUGCAGAGGAUGGUUAUCAUGGGGCAUCUCCAGUAACUGCAUUUCCUUCUCAGAAUGACUUUGGGUUAUAUGAUAUGCUGGGGAACACAUGGGAAUGGACCGCCACCGAAUACACAAUAGCUGGACGAGCUCAAAAGCAAAAUGGGCAGAAGAUGUACACCCUCCGUGGGGCUUCCUGGAUUGAUACACAAGAUGGUUCAUUCAACCACAAAGCUCGCGUUACAACCAGAAUGGGCAACACCCCCGAUUCAGCAUCUGAUAACUUGAGUUUCCGAUGUGCCAAAAGCAUAAGUAAAGACAAAGGAAAACAAAAAGUGGAUUUAUGAAGACCACGAGGAUUUUGAGGUGGCUGCCAUCAGGAGACUUAUUCUUCUACACCAUACUGUUACUAUAAUUUAACUUCUUGCCUGCAGCAUGGAUCCAGUGGAGUGAAGGACAGAUGAACAUUUUUUUAAACAAACAUUGUCUACCAAGGUAGAAGUGUGUUAAAUAUGAACUUUAAUUUAUUAUGUGGUGCCAAUUGCAAUUUUUGUGGCCCAAUAUUAUAAUGUAAUACAUAGUCCAAUUGUGACAGAGGCAAUUUAAUUAAAGGGAUGAUCAUUUAAUACA